GAGCAACAUAAAAUGCAAAGAUAGCAAGAAGCGUUUCGCUUGUUCACAAAAAACGUCACCUUAUCUCUUCUUAUAGCUAUCUUUCAUUGCUUUUAUCUAUUCCACAGCAUCUUUCUUGCCUGGUAUUCGAAGAUAUUCACUACGAUGUACCCAGCUGUGCAACGCAAACGCUUCUUCUCUUCGUCCACCUCCUCGGACUCUGAAAUGAGCCUCCCAAGUGCCGCUACCGCUGGCAAAGAGAGGCUCACCCCAACACGGUCCAAGAGUCUCGAAGACAGGCUCUUUAGCAUCAAAACAUCCAAGAGGGCCAAUCGUCGCUCCAUGCCUACCAUCGAAACAUCACAGCAUGAUGGCUACAGCAUUGACGUCGCACAACCGUAUAUGGCUCCUCCGUAUCGCGCUACAAGUCAGUCGUUGCCCAAUCCUGGUACCACCGUGGCAUCUGUCACGGGGUGUCUCAUUCUGGCUCUGUUGGGCGCACUUGUGUUUCAGAGACAAACCAGUCUUGACCUCCUGUUGGACGUAAAACACGAGAUUGCUCAUCAUUUGCAUCAGCUACAGGAACUCCGAGAACUACCCCCCUAUACUCAAGGUAUAGUGUCAAUGCACGGUGAUUUGGACUCAGACAAGCAACUGUACUACAUGGAACAGCAACGCCUGCGUACAAGGCAAAGCAUUCGGCUCCUUUCGAAACGUUUGCUCCGAGAAAAAUAUGGACUCGGCCCCAAAUACUACGUGGAGAUGCAGCUGGUGUUUGAUCCGGAAUCCAACGUCUACGACGAAGACGAAGAUCAUGAACCCUCGAUCGUGGUGAUUGAAACUGCACGGAUAGAUCAAAUGCCACAUUCCGUCUUUCACUUUCUAGAGUUAGUGUCCCACCAUGCUUACGAUGGCACCAUCUUUCAUAGAAGGGCAAAUCAUAUUGUUCAGGCAGGGCCCAGUGCAGUACCGUCGGAAGCACGCGUAUUCGACCCUAGCCUAUCCUCCAUCAUGUUUCAAGAGUACUCACCCGAAAUGGCGCAUACACCUUACACGCUUGGUUUCCCUGGACGCCCAGGAGGUCCGGACUUCUAUAUCAACAUCAAGGACAAUUCCAAACUGCAUGGUCCGGGAGGACAGUCCUGGCAUUACGGAGAUGUCCUGGACGACGCCGACCCUUGCUUCGGGGCCAUUGUGAGAGGGGUCGAUGUGAUUGACAAGAUUCACCAGUCCGAAGUGGAUCAAUCAGGAUACAGGGACACCAUUGCGCAUCCUAUACUGAUAAAGAAGAUGACUGUUCUUGGCGACAAUCUUGACGCCUUGACCAGUUCUAGCCCUUUACGUGGCAGAAGGUAGUAGAGUUAGAAAGAUUCGGCUCAGCCACCAGACAGCAAGUCCUUCACGAUAUCUCCAUCCUCCCUCCGAAUCGAAUCCAUCUAGGUUGCUGUCGAGUCUGACGCCGCAGUCACUGGGAAAGGGCGAAAGAAAUACAGACUGGAUUAUACAACCAUCUAUAGUUGUUCAUUACCAACGAUGUUGACCUUUGGGCAGAGCCAGGAAGCCUCAAGAUUCCAAGCCAACAGAUGUACCGGUAGAUCUAAUUUAUGGUAGCAGUG